AUGAAAUUAGUUCCCUACUCAACCCCUUCCACCUCCAGGAAAACCAAAGUAUCAUUUCAAGAACUGUAUGAAACUGGACGAAAGCAAGAUAACAGUAAUGGAAGCAUUAGAGUGCAUGGUGUUGGCCAUGGAGCUUGGGUUUACUACAAGCUGAAGCCGCGUAUCGAGGCGGCUGGCCACCGGUUGACGGCGCUUAACUUGGCUGCCGCUGGUGUCAAUGAAAAGAAACUGGAGGAGGUUCGUUCUUUGUCCGAGUACACAACGCCGCUGUUGGACUUUUUGGCCUCAGUUCCUGAGGAUGAGAAGGUGAUACUUAUCGGACAUAGUGGUGGCGGAAUGAGCGCCGCCGUGGGCAUGGAGAAGUACCCGGAGAAGAUUGCUGUUGCUGUGUUUUUGAAUGCAAUUAUGCCAGACUCCAAAAACAGCCCUUCCUAUGUUUUAGAGCAGUAUUCUGGCAAGACUCCACUGGACGCAUGGCUAGACACCCAAUUUUCAGCCUACGGUGAUCCACCCAUAACAGCAUUAACCGUGGGUCCUAAAUUUAUAUCGAACUCCCUUUACCACCUAUCUCCGGUCGAGGAUCAUGCACUAGGGGAACUUUUGGUGAGGCCGGGGUCAUUGUUCAUAGAAGAUUUACUUCAGGCAGAUAAAUUCACUGAUGAAAAUUUUGGAUCCGUGCCUCGGGUUUAUAUAGUAGCGUUGGAAGACAGAACGAUACCGGCGGAAUUUCAACGGUGGAUGAUCGAAAACAAUCCGGUUAAGGAGGUGAAGGAGAUCAAAGGUGCAGACCAUAUGCCAAUGUUUUCCCAGCCAGAUGAACUGUGCAAAUGUUUGGUUGAGGUAGCAGAAAAAUAUGCUUAA